AUGGAUGCGCUACAAGAAAGAGCUGAGAGGGAUGAGUUAUGGAGGCAACAUGAAGAAUCUCAAAUAAAAUUUAUUCAAGAACAAAAUUUUAUCAUGUUUAAUCAUCUUCAUAUGGAAAUAGAAAAGUUAAAUUCAAUAGUACGCAUUUAUCAAUAUAAAGUAGCAGAAGAAAAAGCUAAAAAUGAAGAAUUAGAAAGAAGGAUGACUUUAUUAGAAAACCAAAUAUUAAAACAAGAAAAAAUGAUACAAAGUUUACUUCAUCCAGAUGUAUUAUAUUUAAAAAUUUAA